UACCGAGAACAACCGGCCGAGCUGAGGCUUAGACCGAAUCCUAGAUCCAGAAUCCACUUGGCUGCAAUCGAUCACAAUGACGCAUACAUGCGUUGCACUAGCUAUCGUCGCUUUGGCAAGCACGAUGCAUUUCGGCGUCGAGGCGUGGGGCGGUCUCUUCAAUCGUUUCAGCCCGGAGAUGCUGUCGAACCUCGGCUACGGCGGCCACGGGGACUACAUGGGCAAAACGGGAUUGUACCAGCGGCCGUUGUCUGCUGCCUAUGGAAACUCAUACGGUGAUUCGUUGGAGGAGCUACCGGAUGUGCCGUGUGAAGACAGAACGUGCACGGCCAACGAGCACUGCUGUCCAGGUUUCAUCUGCGUGGACGUGGACGGAGUGAUCGGCCAUUGCGAGAUCUUCGAUUUCGGACAGAAACAAGGCGAGCUUUGCAGGCGGGACAACGACUGCGAAACUGGUUUGAUGUGCGCCCUGGUGCCCGGCAGCGAGACUCGCUCGUGUCAACCACCGGUGACGUCCAAUAAACUAUAUAAUGAGGAGUGUAACAUGUCCGGGGAGUGCGACAUCAGCCGUGGUCUGUGUUGUCAGCUUCAAAGACGUCAUCGACAGACACCCAGAAAGGUUUGCUCCUACUUCAAGGAUCCUCUGGUGUGCAUCGGACCAGUGGCCACCGAUCAGAUAAAGUCCGUUGUGCAGUACACCUCCGGUGAGAAACGGAUCACGGGACAAGGGAAUCGAUUCUUCAAGAGCGUUCCAUUUGCCUAAAUGUUCGACCGUGCCUCGUUGGACCGGGUGACAGUGGGAGUGUUGGCAGAAAUCAAAUACCCAUCGUAUAUAAUUCUUGCAGAUAAUUUAGGAUACGUAAGUCUGUCAAUUCGAAAUUUCCUCGAUUCAUUCGACGUUUCCGAUCCUGUUCUCCUCCG